AUGGUAACCACGGUCGGUCGCAUGAUGGUGGCGAAGAAGUCGUCCCCGUCGGGAGGUGGCGGCAGUAUGGUAGCGUUCAUGAAGCCACUGAAAUCGACCGGUAACGGUAACGUGAUCCUCACGUCUGCCGGCUCACUGAUGGCAACGACAAUGUCCGGUGGUUCGAUCGGCAUAGGCGGCGGAGGCGGAGGGAGCGCCAGCAGCAACGGUAGCGCUAGCUCGCUCGGUUGCCGCAAGGAGGAAAAGAUCAUGUUUCAGCACGAGAACGAUGCGAAGCCGUGGAAGUGUAAGAGCUGCGGCCGGAACUACAAAUGGAAGAACAGCCUGAAGUGUCACAUCAAGAACGAGUGCGGCGUGCCGCCAAAGUACUUCUGCGAGCGCUUGUGUGGCUACAAGACGCAUAUACACAGCAACCUGAAACGCCACCUGAACUCGAAGUUCUGCAAGCCCAACUGA